AUGCCAGACAAGUACGAACCGUACAUUUUGGCCAACUUCGAGCCCUCGGACGCCAAACAAUUGAAGUUGGCCUCCAAUUCCAACCUCCUUGUGGAUUUUCCCAUCUUGGCCUCUGCAUUAUCCCAAAUUUUUCCAUAUUUAUUACUCAUAGAUGGAUUCCUUGAAAUAGUCACCUGGACCAACGACGACCCCUACCAGAACUUCUUGUUGGUGGUGGUGUACUCAUGCAUAGUAGUGUGGUGGAGUGUCUUGAGCUGCGUGAUCUUUCCCGUGUUGAUCACAAUCACAUUUGCUUGCGUGGUGUGGUCCAUCACCUCGGUGAUCUACGACUCCAAAUUCGACGAAAAACCCACGAUUGAGGAGGUGCUCUACACGCUCCACAACAUCACCAUCCGGUUCGAGAUGUUACUCAGGCCUGUGCAGCACAUUCCCUUCAAAUUCAAGAACUACGCCAAGUUGUUCUUCAUGGCUGUGGUUUUGACCCCAAUCCAUUUGCUCCUCAUGAAGACCAUCUUGCCUCCACAACGGUUUGUGUGGAUCACAGGCCUCUUUGCACUCACGUACCACUCGCCCUGGUCGUUUGCCAUCCGGAGAUUGCUCUGGAGGUCGGUGUACAUCAGGGUAUUUGCAUUUUAUGUGACAGGCUUGGACAUCAAACUAUCGAGACACAGAGAUCCCGUGGAGUUCAAGACGGUUUCGCGGAUCCAGAGCCCCACGGCGAGUGACGAUGAGGACCUCUCAAAAGUUCAGGUGCUCAGCGAUUUCCGAAUCCUCAAAAAAUCAGUCACCUCGCCCACUCAAUUGAAGCAGGUGGUGUUGUUCGAAGUGUUGGAGAACGAGAGAAGGUGGAUCGGAUUGGGUUGGUCCAACCACUUGAUGCCCAAUGAACGCUCCAACUAUUGCUUUGCCAAGUCGUUAUCCCCGUCACCUCCAUUAUUGGACACAUCUGGAGACGAUUUCUCGUUCCCAGUAUUUGAGAAUGACAUAUAUAGCUAUUCGUGGAGCUGGCAGGACUCCGAAUGGUCGUUGGACCCACACUUCAACGACAAUGGGGCUCCAGAUGGCUGGUUGUACUACGACCGGUCCUGGGCCAACCCCAGACCCACCGAUGGAUUUUCCAAGUAUACCCGGUCCAGAAAAUGGAUUCGAAAGGCCAUUCUCUUGAUUGACAAACAGGACACGGUUUAUGACGAAUGA